UCUCUGUGUGCCUCUGGAGAAAAAGCCAAAACCUUCAUGCUCUAUUACUCUGUCUCUCUCUUUUUUCACUCUCUCUCUACAGGGCACAAUGCAGCUCCGCUUGACGGCCACUGUGUCGGUAGUGGUGGUCCUCCUCUCAGUCAUGGUUUUCCUGUUACCCAACUCCGCUGAGGCCCACAACAUCACUCGCAUCCUUGCCAAGUACCCAGAGUUCUCAACCUUCAACCACUUAUUAACGGUGACACACCUCGCCGACGACAUUAAUCGUCGAACAACCAUCACUGUAUGCGUCGUCAGCAACGCCGGAAUGUCAGAGCUCCUCGCCAAACACCUCCCCAUCAACUCCAUCAAGAACGUCCUCUCUUUCCAUAUCCUCUUGGAUUAUUUCGGAGCCAAGAAGCUACACCAGAUCACCAAUGGCACAGCCCUCGCCGCCACCAUGUUCCAAGCCACCGGAGACGCUCCUGGAUCCUCUGGCUUCGUCAAUAUCACAGAUCUUCGCGGUGGCAAAGUCGGCUUCGGAACCAAAGAUGAUGGCACCGUCGACGCCACAUUUGUCAAGUCAGUGGAUGAAAUUCCGUACAACAUUUCCGUGAUCCAAAUCAGCUCGAUCUUGCCGUCUUCCGAAGCCGAAGCUCCGACUCCGGGACCGAGCCAGACGAAUCUGACCGAUCUCAUGUCCGCUCAUGGCUGCAAAGUCUUCGCCGAAACAUUGCUUGGCUCCGAUGCUGAAAAGACAUUUGACGACAAUAUUGAAAGUGGGUUAACGAUAUUUUGUCCCGGCGACGAUGCUUUCAAGAACUUCUUGCCGAAAUACAAGAAUUUAUCAGCUGCGGGACAGCAAUCGGUGUUGGAAUAUCACGGCGUUCCGGUGUAUCAGUCACUCUCAACGUUGAAAUCCAAUAACGGGGUUAUGAACACUUUGGCUACUGAUGGAGCGAACAAGUAUGAUUUUACUGUUCAGAAUGACGGCGAGGACGUGACGUUGAAGACGACGCGAGUGACGGCGAAGAUAACGGGGACGCUGAUCGAUGAACAACCGUUGGCUAUUUUCACGAUCGACAAGGUUUUGCUGCCGAAGGAGUUGUUUAAGGCUACUCUAACCCCAGCUCCGGCGCCGGCACCAGUGGCGGACGCUCCGAAGCCUUCCAAGAAGCAUAACUCGCCACCUGCACCAGCUUCUCCGGCGGAUUCGCCCGCGGAUUCUCCUGAUGGAGAUCCAGCGGAUCAGACGGCGGACAAUAACGGCGCCGUUGGAUUUAACGGAGAGAGAUUUGUUGCUUUGGGAUUGAGUCUGUGUUUGGCUUUCUUCUUUUCGUGAGUUAAUUAUUAGGUUUUUUUUUUUUUUGAACCUGUGAAAUAAGUAAGGCCUUUGUGGCUAUUAACUUAUUAGUUUUUUUUUUCUAUUUUGGGGGGUUUUAUGUGUGUUUUUUUAAUAUUUUUUUCUUUAAUUAAUUUCGUUUUUAUGAUUGAGAGAGUGUCAGUAUGGUUGUGAUUCGCCUUUGUCCCUGUAAGUUUCUAAAUGUUUGUUAGUCACAGAUGAUGUAGAUUUUCAAUUAUAUAAUCAUC